AUGACCACAUUUCGAGAUCCAACGUCGGUACAUGCGCAAAUACACAGAAAACAGGGUCUGCAACUUGACCGGUCGCAAAAGGGUGAAAAUGGGGUCCCUAAAUCGUCGUCAUCGCGACUCGCAAAGAGAGUCUCCAUUGCCGCCUUUUCGUCAUUGGUUAAAGACGGUGUCGCCUGGACCAGCGAUCGCCUGAAUACGUACAGGGAUAGGCUCUCAAAGGAGGGGCGAGAGGAAAAGUUGCGACGAGAUAAUCGCAGACAAUUGCUGUAUCUGAAGAUGCGAAAUGCCGUAUCAUUCGAAGAAUGGCGUUCUUGUGCCUGCGAAUUGGACGAACUGGAAGGCAACAACAAGUGGAAGGAGAUAUUUGACUCUGAUGAGUAUAAUCCUGAUCUGGUCUUGGAACGAAUGAGGGAAUUAGAAGACGCUCGAAUCAGCUGUGAUGUCAGUCGCAUGUUGUUCCUCGUUCGGACAGCAUUAACCAGGGACUUGGGAAAUAUGAGUAGCGCAUCGUUAUACCGACAUUCACAUAUCGGGACCAAGAACCUUAUCGAUCAAUAUAUCACGACAGCUCUAAGCACAAUUUCGACUCUUCUAGAUCUAUCCGGAAGCGACCGAAGCGACUCUACCGAGAUGCAAUAUAUUCUUGAUCAGUUGUUGUCCGCACGACAGGCAUUUGGCCGCAGUGCCAUUUCAUUAUCGGGAGGUGGUACUUUUGGCAUGAACCACGUAGGAGUUAUUAAGGCCUUAUGGGAGGCGAAACUUGUACCUCGGAUCAUCUCCGGUGCAUCGGCGGGGAGCAUUGUCGCUUCCAUAUUCUGUGCUCAUACCGAUGACCAGAUUCCUGCAGUCCUAGAAGCAUUUCCCUACGGCGAUCUUGCCGUUUUCGAACCCGAAGGAAACCAACUUCCACCUUUGCAGAAGAUGGCUCGACUUUUGAAAUAUGGUUCAGUUUACGACAGUUCUAAUCUGGAACGAGUGAUGAAGAAUUGGCUUGGAAAUAUGACGUUUCAUGAAGCUUACAACCGCACGCGGAAGAUUCUGAAUAUAUGCAUCUCAAGUGCCGGGCUUUACGAACUUCCCCGGUUAUUGAAUUAUAUUACAGCACCAAAUGUGCUGAUUUGGUCUGCUAUUACUGUUUCUUGCUCAGUACCCUUUGUGUUCUCGCCAUCUGUUCUGAUGGCGAAAGAUCCUCUCACCGGAGAGAAUGUACCUUGGCACAACGAGGGCGGCCAAUGGAUUGACGGCUCUGUCGAUGGAGAUCUUCCCAUGACUCGUUUGGCAGAGAUGUUCAAUGUUAAUCAUUUUAUUGUUUCGCAAGUGAAUCCGCACGUCCUUCCUUUCUUAGAAAAAGAGACUGGUCCAGCAACAGAUGACCAGCCACAAGCUUGGUUUAGCUCUCCGUGGCUGAACUCGAUGACGAGCCUUGCACGCGACGAGGCGCUACAUCGCAUGAAUGUGUUUUCAGAAAUGGGCGUUUUUCAAAACCAGUUUAUGAAAACUGCUUCGAUCUUAAGUCAAAAGUACUCUGGCGACAUCAAUAUCUACCCGGAAAUUCCGUAUGCUCAUUUUCUACGUAUCCUUCAAAACCCGACUACCGAAUUCAUUCUGCAGACCUGCUUGAACGGCGAGCGAGCAACUUGGCCUGUUGUUUCCCGUGUGCGGAACCACCUGGCCAUCGAGUUAGCCCUUGACUCGGCCGUACAAACAAUGCGGGCGCGUGUUGCAUUAAGCCCGCCCGUUACAGUGACGUUGUCGACGUCCCAUCCAACCGCUCAAUCACGAAUGUUGUCCGAACGUGACCAACGGCCUGACAUGUUUCCGAGGCGGAGCUCAUAUAGCGAAGCUGGAAGAGCCAAAAACACGCGGUCUUCAUCUCAGCGUCGACCUAAUGGAGAUUUGCGCAAGGCUCAUAGUUUUGUUUCCAUCGAAAUUGCUGACCUGCAGAGAUCUUUCAGUCCAGUUCAUCACUACAAACACGCGCAGACGAGUAGUCUGACGGAGUCACCACAACAUAAUAGAGCAAAUGUCCCGAGGUACAAUGCAGAUGAAUCAUACUUUAUUGUGCCUAGUGACAGUGAUGAUGAGUCCUACACUUCAUGGCCGCAACGACCCAAUAUGUCACGUCAUGCUACGUGGAGUGGGCCACCGUUGAGCGGCACAUCAAGAUCGGGCCGGACGAGCCCUGCAAUAUCUCGACGGUCGUCAAUUGCUAAGACCGCUUCCAAUCCGAGUCGACCAACUUCUUCUGGUGAGGUCUAUCUGUCGCCCACGCCCGGAUUAUAG